AUAUUUGAUAUAUACAGAAUUUUUAAAACAACAAAAGAAAACACAUAAUACUGCCUCUGAAGCAGAGUUCAGGUCAAGCUUCUCCAGAUGAAGGUUCACUUUGACAAAAUGUUUUCUGUCUUUGAUCCAACAUGUUUGAUGUCCUCAGUUAUAGACAAGCUGCAGGUUUUCACCAGAGUGUUAAUGAAGUGAAAUAUGAUCAGGAUCAGAUGCUGUGGACGUCCGUCAAAGUGCUGCUGCCUCUCCUCCUCCUCUUCCUCUCUCAGGAUGAAGAUGAUCUCCCUGCUGCUCCUCAUCCUCAGCUCAUGUCUCUGUGCAACAUUUGUAGUGAAUGUGACCCAGAGCAGCUAUGAGGCAGAGGAGAACCACAGCAUCACUCUGGAGUGGACCUUCACCACCAGACCAGACUCCUGCUUGAGCUUCGAGUUCAUGACCUUCACAUUAAUAACCGAAAACAAAAAAGUGUCCGUCUUGUUCCAUGAGCAUGGUGGAGUCGAGGUGUCGCAGUCUCAGGACAAACAGUUUGCAGGACGAGUCCAGAGUGACAAAGAACUCCUUAAAGACGGACGGAUUAAACUCCACGUGUCCAAGCUGAGGAUCAAUGACUCUGGUCUGUAUCUGUGUGAAAUCCAGACAGAUUGUGGCUACGGCUCUGCUGCAUGUCGGCUAAUAGUCAGAGCUGGUGACAAACAACCUGAGAGUCCAACUGUGAAUGAAAGAUGGAUGGCUCUCUAUGUUUUCCUGGUGUUGGCAGCAGCAGGAGCAGCAGGAGUAGCUCUGUACUGGAAAUGGUGUAAGGAAUAGUUGAGAGGCGGGGUCACCCUGGACGGGUCGCAGGGCAACACAGAGACAGACAGGACCACCAUGCACACACCCACAGAGAAUUUAUACUGACCAAUCAACCUGACAGUCAUGUAUUAGACUGUGGGAGGAAACCGGAGUUCAAGUUUAUAAUUUAUACUCUGAUCACCGAUGACAAAUUGUCAGUUUUGUCUCAUGAACACGACGGAGUCGAGGUGCC